UUUAUCAUUGUAAAUUUUAAACUUCCGUUUUUUCAUCUCAAUCGGUGUUAAAUUAAGAAUAGAAAUUUGAUAUAUCAAGUUUGUCAUGGUAUACGGCUCAGUAAACACAGCUAUUAAACUGAAGCGAAUCGCAUGCUUCGAAGGCAGACAAAGGACGUUAAAUAUUGAACAUGUUUAAGUUUGUAAAUAAUAUCAAAAUGGAUUUACCGGUAUCAGUCAUAAUUUUCGUUUUGUGCUGUGGGAUGCUCAUAUAUGGCCAAGACAAUGGCCUGGAGAUUGACUUUCAGAGGAUACUGGAGGAUGUAGAAAGUCGAACAAUUGAACAAAUACAGGUUGACAGUUCAAGCCCUGACACGUUCCAGGUUAUGUGUAGGGUGAACAGUGUGAAUCAGUUGUUUAAAAUCACUACACUGAAGGUACAAUAUAAGACAAGUGCCAAUGCCCAAGACUUUACAGACCUAGCCAUAAUGCAGAAUAUUGAUUUUACUAAUGCAGACACACACCAAAAGCCUGUGUUAGCAUCUGGUGCAGAUUCUGGGUGGACUGUAGAGGGAAGUUUUGAUACAACAAGCAGUAACGGAAGGGAUAGUACCUUGGGCGUGUCUCGUCUUGUUUCUUCCAUAACCUGUAUUAAUGCAGUGGAGUACAGAUGCAAUCUUUCCUACACAAUGCCUGGGCCUAAUUAUAAUACAGCCACUGGCAUAAAAUCAAAAGAGCUUGAUAUUCAAGUUUUACCUACUACCAUCGCAAGGCAAGUCUACAACAUGAGUAGCUUAAGUGGCUUGCUCCAAGUUUCUCUUUUUGACACGAUUGAACCCUUCUACGUGGGACAAACAGUCAAGAUGGAGUGCUCGGCCAACAUCGGCUCCUACAACGGUACUGCCCGGAUCCGCUGGUUAAAAAGCAACUUUGUUCCUGGCAGUCCCCUGGCUCCAUACUAUAGUCCUGAUGCAGUCCUAGGUGAUCCCCAGUCCACGGGCAACUGUGUGUAUCAACAGACGGACUCUUUGACGUACACUAUGACAGCCCAGGAUGCUGCAAGGACAGCCGAGAACAUACUUCAUUUUCAGUGCUACGUGUACAUUCCUAGCAUAAACUGGGAAACACCUGAACACCAACGAGAGAAUUUCAAAUUCAUUGUCUAUUCUAGAGGCAAAACGACUCAUGAUGACACAAAUGUUUUUGAAAAAGAAUCUAGCUCAACGGGAACAGUAACCGGCGGAGUAGUUGGUGGAGUUGUUGGUGGAGUUGUUGUUGUAGCUGUCGUUGUUGUAGCUGUUUUAAUCAUAACCAGAAGCUAUCAGUUUCCUUGUAUGCAAACUUCAGACAAUGCAAAAAAUACCAAAAUCCAAGCAAAUCCAGUGUUUGAGACUAAGGCAGCGUCACCUUACGAACACCUGACUACAGGAGAGCAAACGGAAUACACAGAGAUAGGCAUGACUGCUGUUGGACAAUCUGGGGCUGGCAGUCCCAACAACGAAACCUCUUCUUAUGAGCGUCUUCACACCGGAGAAAAUGCCGCUUAUACAGAGCUGGGAGUUUAUUCUCCAGUGAGUCAGACACAAUUUAAGAGUCAACAGACAGACUCGCAUACAGCAAGCAGUAAUUAUGAAGUUCCAGACAACCGUGUCAUGAUGUAGAACCCACAUUUCUGUGUAGAAUAUGCAUUCCCUUGAGACUCAGAGACGAAGAAGAUGUAUUUUCUUUUGACUGACAUAGUAUACAUUUACUCGUGACGAAUAGCAGAAGAAGAUACAUUUGAUUAUAAAGUAAUAAUUAGUGCAUCCACAAUCAAUGUAAUUGGAAUUAUACACGAGCGCUUGUCGGAAUGUUUAACUUCAAUGACCAGAGUAUUGGGUUGUACCAUGUUGUCAAGGAGGUUGUCCAAUAGCUCGCGUGUGUAGAAAUGAAAUAAUUGCAAUUAAUUAAAAGAUAGGAUGAUACAUUUGUGCUAUGUCUGUUUUUGUUAAAAAAGUUUUGAGUAUCUUAUUAAGUGUACGGAUAGUGCAUCGGGUUUUUAAAGUCGUCUUUGAACGUUUAACUAUUCAGCUUGUCCCCGUAUUUCCAAUUGCAUUAUUAAAGAUGUGGAUAAAGCCUGAAAGGACAGAGUCUGACUCCUUUCCUGCUGUUGAAUAUAUCUCAGCCUAUCAAUAUACGAUAUAAUAUAAUUUACCUACUUAUACCAAAAAGCAAACUUCUUUGCAUAUUAACAGUAACAGGUAUAAUUUUGUUUAAAAUAAGACGGGCAUUCAAUAUGUAAUGCAUCAAACGCGUUGAUGUUUUGCUGUAGAAAUAAGAUGUUUUGUACAUGCCAUUAAAGCAUCUUAGUGAUAACUUGGUUUAUAACUUUAAGGACUUAGCAGGAAAUAACAAAAACAUUUCAUAACUCUAGGGCAAGAUCACUGAAGAACCUGUAUCUUUUAGUUACUGCUUAUUUCAAAUGUAAAAAGACUCAACUUCCUUAACGUUUAUUUGGAAAACUUAACUAUUUUCAUAUUAAUGAGAUUUGAUACGUUAAGUUGUCAUUUUUCGUGCAGCAUCAUACAUCUAACAAAAUGUUAAUAUAAAAUGUUUACAUCAAUAAAUAUUUGCUGGUAACUAGCCAUCGUUUGAUAAAACAUAUGCAUUUAACUCUCACUGCGAAACACUAAACCUUGACAAAUAUUGAAGCAUUUCAAAAUAUGAUUAUAUUUAUCUGCAGUAAAACACAAACCACUCAAUUAGUGUAUAAAUAAAGUUAAGAUCUACGUUUACUUUAUAAUUCGUUUAGAGAUUUAUUUCAUUUUCUUACCUCACUAUGAAACUGAAAAAAACACAUUUACUCCAUUCGCAAAAAUCUAAUCAACCAUAUUUAUCCAGAAUAACAUUGUUUGGGAGAACUAAGUUUGAGGAAAUAUUUUGAUAUUAGACACAUAAAUUCGUUUUGAAUUAUGCAAAAAAUAUAUUCACUUGUUCAGUAUGAUUUUUCCUAUCUUAAGCGCAUACAUUAUUUGAACUGAAAAUAUUGUUUUUAAAUCAUAAAACAAAUUACGCUUCCUUCGACUUUCUUGCAAAACUUGCAAUUUGCUGAAAGACUGAAACAUGAAAAAUUGUAUUAGCUACGCCAUUAAACAUCUUGAAAGUACUUCACUUCUUAUAUUUGUUAUAUUCGCGAGCUAGAGAUUCUUUUCAUACAAUUAUAAGAUGCUUUUUUUACCACAGCACAGCAUUGUCUCAUUAGGAAAUGUACAUUUGGAGUUCUUAAGUGGCUCAUUUCACGAAUCGCCCAAUUCGUAUCAACGGGUGUUUCUGUACAAAACAAUAUCUGAAAUACACGUACUGUAUAACAUCACCCGAUUUGUUCGAUAUUUAUGUUUUUUUACAGUCUUUAAGAAAUUUCAAUUUUAAAUAUUAUUGUUCAUCUUUUUUCAUUAAUAACACAUAAACUGCUACGUUAAGUAAGAACAUAAUUUAGUUUUAAAACUUUUAACAAUUUGUAACGAACACCUUUCUUUAACCUUUAAUUUGGUCUAUUAUACUCUUGUAAACAAAGAAUCAGAAUGUGUUGAGCUUAAGUUUAAGUGUGCUUUGUUGUUGAAAUAUAUUUUCUUUACAUAAAGGUAUUCUCACGAAGAACGAAUGUUUUGUUUAAAACACUUUUGAGAAAUAUGUAAAUUAUGCACUUUCCAAAAAUGACAAAGGUGGUCAGAUUUCACUCGUACAUCUGUCAAAUGCACUUUAAAUCAGCAAAACCAUGUCAUGCUUAAAAAGAAAGUUUCUUUGAAUUGUUUGAGCUUUUAAAUGAAUGUGUUUACAAUUUGUGAGAAUUUACGUUACAAAAGUGAUGCAGCGGCAUUAGAGAAAGGCGGCGCAUGCAAAAAUCUGAAAUAUUAAUAUUAUAUGGAGUUGCAUAUGAGGUCGAAUAUAAAUCACAUGAAUCUGUAACAAUAACAGUCAUUGUCAGUCAUCACCUUUAAUAUGAAUCAUAAACUAGCUUCAAAUGUAGUAUAUUCUGAAUGACCCUUGUUAUGCAGUUUUUGUUUUUGUGUUUG